GGUUCUCGAAUCGCCUCUGUCCGGAAAAUCGAGUUGGAAAUAUGGAAAUGCAUACUAACAAUGAUAAAGAAGGCUACUCGGACACAGUUCUCUACCAUGUCUUGUCAAAGAAAAAGGAACUUAGGAGGCGACUUCCCUGGUACUAUGCACCCUCAUUUCUUUUACUUUGGGUAGUGUUAUUCUUUGCAGUCGUACUACCACUCUUUUACCGGCUACCAAAUCGGUUAACCCUUGCGGACGAACCACUUCAGCCGGGAGAAUUCGUGGCUGAGAGAGCGCAGAAAGUACUCUACGAGUUGGAUCGUAUCGGACCCAAAGUGGUUGGGAGUUUUGCGAAUGAGGUAACAACGGUUGCAUUUCUCUUAAGUGAGGUGGAAAAGGUACGGCAAGAAAUGCGCAGCGAUCUCUUUGAUUUGGAUGUGGAUGUCCAGCGGCCAAGUGGUUCCUAUGUAGUGGGAACUAUGACCAGUAUAUAUCAGGGCAUUCAGAAUGUGGUUGUAAAGCUAAGCUCUAAGAGUUCCAAUAGCUCAUCUUAUCUCCUGAUCAACAGUCAUUUUGACACAAAGCCAGGAAGUCCAGGAGCUGGCGAUGAUGGAACUAUGGUGGUAGUCAUGUUGGAGGUUCUUCGUCAAAUGUCUAUUUCCGAAAGUAGAUUUAUCCAUCCUUUAGUCUUUUUGUUCAAUGGCGCAGAGGAGAAUCCUUUGCAAGCCUCUCAUGGCUUUAUAACGCAGCAUAAAUGGGCUGCGAAUUGCAAGGCAGUUAUAAAUUUGGAAGUGGGCGGUAGCGGUGGUCGAGAUAUUCUCUUUCAAAGUGGUCCCAAUAAUCCCUGGUUAGUAAAGUAUUACAAAAAGUACUCAAAACAUCCGUUUGCUUCUACAUUGGCUGAAGAGAUCUUUCAAUUUGGAAUCCUGCCCUCCGAUACAGAUUUCCGUAUAUUUCGAGAUUAUGGUAACAUUCCUGGUCUUGACAUUGCCCAGUUCAGCAACGGAUACGUAUAUCACACCAAAUUUGACAGUUUCGAUAUAGUUCCAGGACGUUCGGUGCAGAGCACAGGAGAAAAUAUUCUAUCCCUAGUUCGGGCUUUGGCAAAUGCAAGUGAAUUGAAUAAUACUGAGGCAUAUAGUGCAGGACACUCCGUCUUUUUUGAUUUUCUUGGUCUUUUCUUUGUGACCUACACGGAAAAGGCUGGCAUCAUCUUGAACUAUUGCUUUGCAGUGAUAAGUCUUAUCCUCGUUGGCUUUUCACUGUGGAAAAUGACUUCUGUAUCUGAAGUUUCGGUAGGAAAAAUAUCGAUUUUGUUUGUGAUAACUUUAGGACUUCAUCUUCUUGGGUGCCUUCUGUGCAUUGCCCUACCUCUGUUAAUGGCUGUUUUAUACGACAUCGGUGAUCGAACACUGACCUAUUACAGUAAUAACUGGUUGGUAAUUGGUCUUUACAUAUGUCCGGCCAUCAUAGGAUUGGUACUUCCUUCGACGCUAUACCUCUCGUUCAAGCCGAAUAAAAAGUUGAGCCAUUCCCACCAGAUCUAUAUGGGUUUACAUGCUCAUUGCGUAGUCCUGUCAUUUCUAGCCAUUGUUCUGACUGCCAUUGGUCUGCGAAUUCCCUAUAUGUGUUUGAUUUCUCUAGUAUUAUACUUGGUUUCCCUAAUCAUUAAUAUGUUAAGUACUUUACAUGACCGAGGAUACUACUGGGUAUUACCAGUUCAGCUAAUCCAACUUUUUCAGUUCGUGUACUUCAGCUACCUUUUCUACAUAUUCCUUGUAAUAUUCUUUCCCGCCAUGGGAAGAAAUCGUGACUCUUCUAAUCCUGAUAUGCUAAUAGCUCUGAUAUGCGCUGUGGGAACUUUCUUUGCCCUGGGUUUUGUGGUUCCUUUGAUAAACAUGUUCCGAUGGUCUACGAUUUUAUUGAUUGGCCUAGGCGUGGUGACCUUUGUAUUCAGCAUGAUUUCUGUUUCGCAAGUGGGAUUUCCUUAUCGCCCCAAGACAAGUGUGAUGCGGGUUAACUUUUUGCAAACACGUCGAAUGUUUUACGAAUAUGAUGGUAGUCUUGCCGUUGAUGAUUCCGGUUACUAUUUCGACUACCAGGAUAGACGAGCCCUUCGCCCACUUAAGGACUACGCCGUAAACUUAACCGGACUAACAUCUAUAGAUGCUUAUUGCGAUAAGUAUGUGAUGUGUGGAAUUCCCUGCUUCUGGAGUAGCUGGUGUAGGGGUCUGUCUAGUGCUGCUUGGCUACCUCGCGAUAAGGAAGUGGAUAUACCCGGAACAUUGGAGCUCAUACUGCUGAAUAAAACUCUUUCGGAGAAUGGAAGAUCUGUGAGAUACGAAUUCGAACUAGCUGGUCCACCACACAUGGGUCUGUAUAUACGACCGCUGGAUGGAGUAGCAGUAGAGGAUUGGUCCUUUAUAAGGACGAUGCUGGAUAAGCCUGAAAAAUACUCACCGCCCUACCAAAUAUAUUUUUCUUAUGGUGUGGACGAUACUCCAUUUAAAUUUCAUAUUGAUUUUACGAAAUCCGAUGAUAAUUUCAAUGGACCAAUAUUCGAGCUGGGAGUCGUUGGGCACUAUGUAAACGGGGAUUUCCAGAGAGAUAAAACUACCCUUCAGUUCAUAGCGGAUUUACCAGAAUUUGUUUACACUAUGGAAUGGCCAUCUCUGUUUAUAAGAUAUAUCUUUUAAGAUCCACUUCCUUUAAGCCUAUUAAGUUUUGCAUCUAUUAUAUUUUUGACAUUCCAAGUGCUGCGAUAGUGCAUACGAUAAGGAAGUGG